AUGGCCGAAGAUAUUGCACGGGAGAAUCCAGUUGGAGUUGAUGGCUUCAUGGAUAAUUGGACCGAUGAUCAACGUCGCCUGUUUAACGAAGACUGGGCCAACGACGAUGGGCUGUACGAGGAACUCGAACGGUUGCCUGAACCGUCAGAUAACCAAAUGGAUGAAGGGAGCAAGCGAAAGCACGCCAGUGACAACGUCCCCUCAAAACGCCAAAAAACAGAGGAAUAUUUUUCAAUCAAAUCGGCGAAACAAGUCAAUGUGAGGAAGUUCAGGACGACAG